AUGUCUUCAGUUAGAGAAGUUACUCUAACAUCAGCACCACCAAAAUCAUCUCAAUGUGGUGUCACACAUAAUAUCCCAGCAUUAGUAUUCAAUGCACGUGGAUACAAUGGAAACUUCUACCAUGAAAUAAAUGACAUAUUCAUACCACUAUUCAUCACCAUCAAUUCCUUGUUCCAUGAUCAAGAUGUAAUACUUGUGAUUGUAGAUGGUAUGACAUGGUGGUACCAAAAGUAUGUUGAUUUAUUGAAUGCAUUUAGUCCUAAUCACAAGAUCAUCAACACAAAUAACCUAACAACCGCUCAUUGUUUUCCAUCAGCGGUUGUAGGGUUGAUAAAGCAUGGCCCAGUAACCAUAAACCCUAAAUUGCUACCAAACCCUAAAACCCUACUUGAUUUCAGUACAUUCCUAAAAAAUGCAUAUAUAAAAGAGGAUACCCCAUUAUUGUUUCCCAGCAAUAACUCUAAGCCUCUUCUAACACUGGUAGAUAGAAAGGGAAGUUCGAGUCGUGUGAUUUUGAACCAAGAAGAAGUCGUCAAGUUAGCUAAAGAAGUAGGGUUCAAUGUACAUGUGUUGGAUCACUCAAAAGACUCCACAAUGGCUAAUGUUUAUAGGUUGGUUCAUUCAAGCCAUGUAUUGUUAGGCGUGCACGGUGCAGGCCUAACUAAUUUAUUUUUCCUUAGACAAGGCUCAGUGGUGGUUCAAGUGGUGCCUAUUGGACUUGAGUGGGCCUCAGAUACUUGCUAUAAAAACCCGAGUCCGUUUUUGGGGUUGGAAUAUGUAGAAUACAAAGUAGAAGCAAAUGAAAGCAGCUUGUCAUGGGACUAUGGAGUUGAUAGCUUAAUGGUCAAGGAUCCAAAAGCAUAUACAGAAGGAAAAUGGGAAAAGAGUAUAGUAUACUUGAAGAACCAAAAUGUGAAAAUUGAUUUAGUUAGAUUUAAAAAAUGGUUGAUGAAAGCAUAUGAAAAGGCCAAGAUGUUUAUGAAUAGUACUAGUCAGGUAGCUAGUUAG